UUUUGGACUUUAAAUCCCUAGUGCCUCACUUUCACUCUGUUAUUCCUCUCCCUUAAAAGUAAAAGUUUCAUUGGAAACCCCCAUAAGGGUCUUCUUAUCUAGCCUUUCGGUGCUUAAAUUAAACCAGUUUGAUUUCCUUCUCUUUAUCUUUCUCUUUUUGUUCUGAUAACUUUGGGGCAAAGGCAAUAUAACCACUUCUGCAAUCUGCACAAAUUGUUUUGAAAUCCUCCCAGUGCUGCUGGAAUGUCUCAGAUAUGCUCGAAGUGCAGGCAAAAUGAGAAAGCUAAAGCUGCUGCUUCCGACUUCUCAUUCCCACAAUUCAAAUUCCUUUCGAAUUUUCGUUUCUUUUGACUCCGACUCUGUCGACAUUCAGUGCCAUUCUCGGCUCUCUGCUGGAUUUUAAAACUUGUUUCAGGCACUUCUGUUUGAAUUCGUUAACAUUUUGUUAGUUGUUUUGGAGCAACCAUGGCCAUUGAGGUAUGCUCAGAGAUUUCGAGCCCCGGAUUCAGUCCAAGAAUUUCAUUCUCCCAUGAUCUGGAUAAGAAGAAUCAUGACUCGAACCAAGGGCAACGGUUAGACUCCUCUCUCUUGGAUUCCACUUCUGAUUUCGACUUCUGCAUUGUAAACAAUCUCAAGCUGGAGUUGUCUUCGGCGGACGAGCUUUUCUCCAAUGGGAAGAUCCUCCCUGUCCAAAUCAAGAGAAAUCUCAACGCUGCCGAAGACACCCACCAGCCUGACGUUACUCGCCAGGCUCGUGAGAGGGCAGUUCCUCCAGCCCUUGCUCAUCACUCAAAACCUCUAAAUACAGAGAGGCUGAAAACAGAGGAGAAGAAGAAGAGGUUGAAAGAAUUUCUAGACACCAACGCCGAUGCAGAUGAAACCGACAACCCUCCAACAGCAAAGCCAUUCUGGCAGUUCCGGCGGAGCAGCAGCCUCAACUGCGACGCUGCCCGCGGCAAGAGCCUAAUCCGCCCGCUGCAGUUUCUUUCGAGAAGCAACUCAACAGGGUCGGCUCCAAACCCAAAUCAAAAGCAAGCAUUGCCUCCAAAGGAAAGAACAACAACAAUUCAUCAGAAGCAGCAGCAUUUGCGGAAACAGACGUCGGUUUCGAGUAGAAGAUCGUCGUCUGCGUCCUCGUGCUCGAGUACAUAUUAUCCUUACAACAACAUGAAUCAAAAGCCUGCGUUGAGAAGGAGUGGAUCUUACGGCAAUGGGGUUAGAAACAACCCUGUCCUGAACCUCCCACCGCCAUACAUUUCCAAAGUUACCGUGAGUUUUUUCGGGUUCGGUUCUCUCUUCUGUAGUGGUAAAUUUAGAAAGAAGAAGAAAUGACUACGAGUUAAAUCUUCCAAGUACAGAUGAAACUAGCUGUCUGCAAUCUUGUAUUAUUAGCUAGCAUGUGCAUACUCUGUAAAAUGAAGAAAAUUUUAGCGGUAAAAAAUGUGAGGAAUUUUUUAUGAUCAUGGGUAAAUUUGAUUGUUGGAA